AUGGGUCGCUACUCCGGCCGCAGCAUCCGCCUCAUCCUCAUGUGCGUGCUGAGCCUGGCCAUCUUCGCCGUGGAGAUCUCGGUGGCCUACGUGGGCAACUCCCUCUCCCUGGCCUCGGACGCCUUCGCUGUUCUGUCCCACCUGAUCUCCAUGAUCAUCGGGCUGUUCGGCGUGCGCUUCAGCCGCGUGCGGUGGCACAAGGCCAGCACCUACGGCUUCAGCCGGGCCGACGUGCUGGGCGCCUUCGGCAACUCCGUCUUCGCCACCGCCCUCAUGUUCAGCAUCUUCGUGGAGGCUGUCAAGAGGUUCAUCAACCCUCAGAAGACUGAGAAAGAGCUGCUCGUCCUCAUUAUUGGGGUUUCGGGUCUGGGCUUCAACAUAUUGAACUACGUUAUCUUCAUGGAGUGCUGCUACUGCCGUGCACCCCCCGGGGACUCCGAAACAGGUGAUUCACCAAACGACCAAAAGAGCCCCGAAGUGGGGCCUGAGAAGAAAAAAGAGAAAAAGUCUGAAGCCCUGAACAUCAGAGGUGUUCUUUUGCAUGUUAUGGGAGAUGCACUUGGAUCUGUGGUCGUGGUAGUUACUGCUACUAUCUUCUAUGUACGUCCUCUGGGGGAUGCUCCUUGUAAUUGGCAGUGCUACAUUGAUCCAAGCCUGACAAUAGUCAUGGUGUUCAUCAUCUUGUCUUCUGCAUUCCCACUUAUAAAGGAGACCUCGACUAUUCUGUUGCAGAUGGUCCCCAAAGGUGUUGAUAUGCAACUACUGACCGACAGACUGGCUCGUGUACCAGGGGUUAGCAGCCUCCACGAGGUGCACGUCUGGGAGCUUGCAAGUGGGAAGAACAUUGCCACUCUUCACAUCAAGUGCCAAACCCCUUCUGAUUACCAAGAUGCUUCUUACAAGAUGAGGAAGAUUUUCCACGAGGCAGGAGUGCACUCCGUGACCAUCCAGCCCGAGUACGCCGACCACAAGACCUUACACCUGCAGUGCAGCUCACCCUGCAUCUCCAAAGCCUGUGACUCUCAGCUGUGCUGCAGCCAGAGGGAGCCCCCCCGGGCUGAAACCAAUGGCUGCAGGGAGAAAAGUGGAAGCCGCCUUUCUGCACAGCACAGAGACAAUGGUUCAAGGAAAAGUGACGUCGAAAUCCCUGUGGAGGACCCAGUGGCAGAGGAGAGAGUGAAAAACGUGAAAAAUUGUGACGCGUCUGAUGACAAAUCACAGUUGGGUAGUACGAGAUUUUAGGCAGUUUGCUCUGAUCUGUGUGGUGCUCUCAUGGAGCAAACACAUCCUGGUUGGGUAAGGGGGCAUCUGUGGUUGUAGCUGAAGUUGGUGAGGCAAAAAGAUUUCUGUGCUUUAGCUGUAAACCAAAAUACACCUAAAACCCACUUGUACCUGAAAUAAGGAUUAAGAUUUCCAUCAGGGCUGUUGGAUUCAUGUGAUUUUUGUGAUGCAGCCUUACCCAGUUCCUUGCCAAACUAAGGCUGAAUGCCUACUGUUAGAGUGGAUGGGGUGUAUUGCUCUCUGUCUGCACUGAUGUUUGCAGUUCAUGGCCCCUAGCACUGGGAAAGAACCUCUGGCCUUUCCUGCUGGGAUGAGCUGUUUCUUGAAAGCCCUGUGGCCAGUUAAUGAUUGUACUGGGCUGAAGUACUGUAUGUUUAUAAAGGACUUCAGUAGAGAUGCUUUACUGAUCCUUAAACCCCAUUUCUGCAUGGACAAUUCAUUUUUAACAGUAACAAUUCUGGCCGGUGGAGUUUGUGAAUGAAAUUAAGAGUGUCUAAGGGGAAGCACUCAGGAAUUUUGACUUGUGUUAUUUUCUUGAUCGACUCCUACAUUUAGGGACAGAGCAGAAGCUGGUCUUGCUUCUCUACAAGUAAUACUGCAGUCCCAGCCUAAUCACAGAUGAGCAUGCUGUGGAGUAGACCGCUUGUCAUGAAAGCACAAAGUACCUACUAAUGUUGUCUGUACUGACUGUAGCAAAUGGAAAUGCAGGCAGUCAUCCAAUUAACUUUUAUCUUUUUCACUGUUGUGAUUGUACAACUAAGUCUUUUAAAAUUCUUCUUAUCCUUCUCCUGACAACACAAGUUCCAAGAGCCAUGGUCUAUUUCAUCAUUGUGCGGGAUGAUUGCAUUAUCUUUAACACUGAGUCUGUCAUUAUUCAUGCUGAAUAAAUAAGCUAAUGUGUUUAUUACCAACAGUUGAAAUUCUGCAAUUCUAUUAUUAAGGCAUAAUUUAAUAUUGUAUUAAUUAAGGAAGCACCUUUAAAGUCUUGUAUGCAGUAUUAUUGCUUACAGGGAGCUUUAAAAACAUUAAACCAGGACAUUUUUCCUGGUUUGGUCACAGUCAUUUCUUGUUGUCUGGUUUUAAAGGUCUUGGUGCUUUGAACCCUACCCUGUGCCCUGGCCCUCCUCCCCCUGCCCAAAGGUGUGUCUCAAAGUGUAUUUAGUGAAGCAGUUCACUAUCUUUUUGCUGCUUGCUUUUUCUGAAGGUAUGCAAAGGUGCUCUAAGGAAAACAAGGUGAUGUGCCCCGUCACCAGUGCUGGAUUUCAGCCAGGCGUGGUCCACAGGUUUCUGGGAGGGGAAACCCACUACUCAAUCCACACUGAGUCUAGUGCUUGGUCUCCCUGGCUAUGCAGAUCAGAUCCAGAAGGUUCCAAAUAUAUUUUGCUGGCAAAAGCAGCCUUUCAAUGGUCUGUGUGGCCUGGACAGGCUGUUUUAUUCAUUUAUUCACAGGGACACCUUUCUAAAGUAGUUGUGUUUUUACCUCAGUGACACCUUAACAGAAAGGGCAAAUUGAUUUCCAGCCUGGGCUGGAAAAAUACCAGGACCUCCUUGAAAGGAUGGCUUAAAAGCAGCCAACUCCUUAUCAAUAAAGAUGAUUGCAAUAAUUCAAUGAAUAUUAAAAUACAGCAGGGUAUUUUAUGCUUGGAAUGUAGUAUUUACUGAAGCAGUGAUUUCAGUCUAAAUAGCACAUUUCUAUAAAUAUAAUUCCCCCUUUUAAACAGACUUUUGGAUGAAUUAAAAUAUUUUUUACCAUUUCAUUGCAAGUUUGUAUCAUACAAAUUAACCUAUUUGUUAAUCAAAUUAAGAGCUUGAUCCUCCAGCUUCUUUGAUUCUGUUGGCAGCAGCAGGAUCUUACUUGGCAGGUACUGCACGAGUGAAUGUAAAUCAGGAAACAUUGUAAGAAUUGCUCUGCCUCUUAAAAGCAAGUGCCAUGAAGUAAGACAGCCCUUUCUUCUGUUCUUUUUCCCCCCCCCCCUCUUUAUUUUCAUCUGUGAUGAUGCUUUGAUGUAAAUAACAAAUAUAUUUAUCGUGUUUUUGAGGACUGGAAUAGAAAUCUCCUAAAAUAACAAUGUCUAUGGGAGAACUUUCUUCCCAGAUAUUCUUUAAAACAAACACCCGUUUAUAAUUAGGCAUAAUUAUUUGUAUUAUAAAUCAGGUAAUUUGAUAUAUGUGUAUGUAUAUAUAUACAUAUUUUUUUAAAUGGUUGAAAGCUGGAAUGGCAGUAUUUACUCUGGAAUUAAAGAAAACUAGUAUGUGUGAUGCUGGGGCAUAUGUCAAAGUGGACAAUUUUUAUUCUUCAAGUGUUAAAACUGUGGCAAUGUAUUUUUAAGAACUUUUAAAAGUGUUGUAACCUGAAAAUACAAUGAAAUAACAUUCUUAAACUUUAUUUUCUCUUGUCUGGUUGAAUGUACUGUAACUGCUGCUUGUGAAUAAAUGGGAAAAUACCAGGGAUUAUAGAAAUCUUUAUACCUAGAAAAAAAAACAGGUUUAAAAUUUGCUUUAUUACUUAAGAAAGCAAACCCAACAGAGCUGUUUUAUUUAUGAAAUAAACCUCGGGUUUUUUUGGUUUUUUUUUGUGUUGGGCCUUUCAGGGUAUUCAGCUAAGGUUUUUGAGCAGCAUCUUUGCCUUCCUUUGAGUAACAGAAUAUUUUUCUCCUGUACUGUGUGUCCCCUCUCUACUUCUGUGGGAGACUUCAUUCCAAUCUGUGUGUAUUUUGUAUUGGCCUAUUUCCCUUCAGUUCUUGGCAUAUCUCUUCUGAUUCUCUUGAAGCAGGCUUCCCUCAUUUUGAGAUGCAGUGUAUUUCCAUGUUAACCCUUAUCCAUGGGUACUUGUUCUAAAUUCAGUUUUGUAGUCUAUUGCACUGUCAUAAAAGCUCUAUUCUGGCCUCUUUAGCUGAGUUUCUUUGUUUCCCUCCCUGUCAAGUGCAGGUUCCCUGUGCUGCUCUGUCCUCUUCAAUCUUAUGAUUGUCUCUCUUGGUUUUUGGGUUUUCUUGCAGUGACUGUCCCUUCUGUCCAUUGGUGCUGGUGGCAAAGGAAAUAAAUUAUGUGUGAUUUUUAACUGGUUGUCCAGCUCCUGUGAAUGUGAUCCAUAGCCAGUCAUACAUGUGACCUAGUAGGAUGAUGACAAAAUCAGAUAUUCUGCAGUAAAAGUGAAACGUGGAAAUGGCACUGAGAGCAAAAGCAAUUUACUGGCCUUCAUCAGCUGUGUGCCUUUUCUUAAAGGGAAUCAAUUCUUUGCCACCUUUUCAUAUCUGCCAAAAGCACCAAUUUGAUUUUUAAUUUUUUUCUUCUUCUGAAACCCUCUAAAUGCAGGUGUUGCCUUUAUUCUUCAUUAUAAAGAAAACUGCUACUAUUUUCAGGAAUAUUGCCUUUGUUUUGCCAGUUUUCAUUUGACUCCCUUUUCCUUGUCUUCUUUAUAAUACUUACCUUGACUCACAGUGAAAGUGUAUUUUUUUCCUCUGAAUGUUUUUUCUCAUUGUCUCUUCAAUAAAAGCAGGAUGGUUUUGAUAGCCUGGUCAUGGUGAUCUACCAAUAACAGAGUUUAAAAAUACCUUUUUAUGCACUGGUUUAAUUUUUGCACUCCAUUCUAUUAAAAAACACCCACUCUCCGGUUACUGUUGCAAACCAGGUUUUGAUCUUUAUUUUUUGCUAUUCUUUCUGUCUCCCAUUCCUGAUUAUAAUGCUUCCUGUCCUGAAUGCUCCCUUUUAUUCUGAACUUUGGAGGGAAUGUGCUAGGACCUGGAUUUUUUCCCAAAGAGAAGUUCACUACCCAAGCUCUAUGGAUGGCUUGAUGUGAGCUACUCUGAGGACCAUUUCGUGUCCUGUGGUCUCUGUAGAAGUGUUAUUUAAGUAUCCAUCCUGAGAUAUGAACACAUAUGUUUAUGUACAAUUAAACUCUUUAUUAACACUCUAUCUGAAUCAGCUUCUUAAGAAAGGUGGAUUUCUAAACCUGGGAAGGUGUAAUGAAGUCAAGAGGGUUUGUUGGUCAUUCAUUAACAUCUUGGGGGAAAGCUUGGUAAAAGAUAAUUCAAAAGCUAGGAACAUUCCUAUAAGAUCUGCUGUUUACCCUGCUGUAGAGUGGAAGCACUUUCUAUGUUAAAUACUUUAUUUCAACAGUGAUACCUUGAUAUGAGGAUGUCCCUGUAUAAGAUUGUUACAUUUAUGGAGCUGUGUUGCUUAAAAGUUUCCUCAAAUUUUUCUGUUCCUUAUGUGAUUUAAUGUGCAAAGUGUAAUUUCCAUGAUUGCUGAAUCUCACUGUGGUUUUA